GUAGCCAUGGUUUUAAUUCUACUAGUUGCCAUUCCCCUGCUGGUCCACACAACCAAAGCAGGAAACACGGCAAGUGAAGGGAGCCAUUAUGAAAUGUUGGGAAGCUGCCGAAUGGUCUGCGAUCCCUUCACCACCUCUCAGCCGGGCCAGGAAUUAACAGCGGUGUCUCCGCCACCCCAGGAUUACUCUGGGAAGAAGAUCAAGUCCGGCAUCCGAGGACCUCCUGGGAUCCCUGGCCCCCAGGGAGCACGCGGGCCCCCUGGGGAGCCAGGCAAGCCGGGGCCACAAGGUCCUCCCGGUCCAGGUCCUGGCGGCUACUCUCCCUCCCUCUACACCCCUAAAAUAGCCUUUUACGCAGGGCUUCGCAAGCAGCACGAGGGAAGCGAAGUGCUGAAGUUUGAUGAUGUGGUAACGAACGUGGGCAACUACUACGAGCCCAGCACUGGCAAGUUUACCUGCCCCUUGCCUGGCAUUUACUUCUUCACCUAUCAUGUGCUCAUGAGAGGAGGUGAUGGUACUAGCAUGUGGGCGGACCUGAAGAAGAACGGGCUGGUCAGAGCAAGUGCCAUCGCUCAGGACGCCGAUCAAAAUUACGACUACGCAUCCAACAGUGUGAUCUUGCAUUUGGAUGUCGGCGAUGAGGUGUGCGUGCAGCUGGAUGGGGGCAAGGUCCACGGGGGAAACACAAACAAGUACAGCACCUUCUCUGGAUUCCUCAUCUACCCAGACUGA